AUGGAGGACUAUCUUUAUCUAUCCGAAGGUGAAAGCGAGGACUCGACACUUUUGGCUAUCUACGUCAAAAUUUCCAACGACGAAUGCGUGGUGUCAUUGGCAUUUUGCCACUUGGAAGAUCACCGUUUCCUUAUUGGCCAAUUCAUCGAUUCCAGUUUACUUCCAAAUCUUGAGACUGCGAUUCUACAGUUGGGUGCUAGAGAAUGCAUUGUUCCUAGUGGUCUUCUGAGUUCCGACAUUAACGUUUCUAAGUUGAAGAGUUCUGACAAACCCGGUCGUCUCCAAUAUUUGGAACUUGUUCUCGAAAGAUCCAAUGUUCUUAUCACCGAACUUGAUAGAGCUGAGUACUUUACAAAUGACUGCUUCGAGGACUUAAAUUCGCUCCUUAAGCAGAACAGUACAUCAACUUCUAUCGAUGUUCCGAAUCUCUUUCACGCCAAAUCCGAGCUUGCUGAAGCAUUUCUGUGUCUGGGAGCAAUUUUUAGGUUCCUUCGCCUCCAAUCUAAUGAGGCUCUGGCGCACACCUUCACGAUCUCUUGUUUUUCGUUGGAUAAUCAUGUUCGGCUGGACAGUGCCGCUCUGAAUGCCCUUCAUCUACUGCCCACUUCCAGUGAAACAGAGAGCAAAUACAACAGCGUGUACGGUGUUCUGAAUCACUGUCGAACACCACAGGGGCAGCGGCUGUUGGCACAGUGGCUGAGGCAACCUCUCACUGAUGUUGCUCGCAUCGACGAGCGCUUGGAUUUGGUCGAGGCUUUUGUAGAUGAUAGCAGCCUUCGGAAUACUUUUCACGAAACCUCCCUUCGACGAGUCCCCGACCUCCCGAGACUUGCACGUCGGCUGCAGAUGUCGAAAGCUAGCCUUCAGGUAAUCUCCACAUCCACAUUCACUGCUGUUUUGCUUUCAGUAGUUGGACUGCGUAUAGAGACUAUAACGUUAUGGUACCUCAUUCUGUACUUCUUUUCGCAAUUCUAG